AUUCAAAAAAAAAAAAAAAAAAAAGAAAAAACUUCAAACGUACCGAUUUAUAACUGCAAAAGUAUUAAGAUUUAAAGCAAAUUAGGAACAACACCAAAAAUAGAAAAUAUGGAAGCAUUUAAAAAACAUCUGCACGAACAUUGUUACUACCAGGCCUGCAAGGCAGUUGUUCCAAAAUAAAAAAAAACAAGCAGUCGUUGUGGCCUUAGGUCUCUGAAGUUAAGUGGUGACAACAACACUUUCGCAGCUGACACUGGCACUGACACAUUGGAUGCAGCUCAACAGCAGCACCACAAAACAUUAGCAACUAAAUCAAUGUUAAUCUCCAAGUGCCAGCAUCACUAACGACAAAUAACACAACAAGAACAACAGCAAUAAACAGGAAUCUAUUUGGUGAGUGGUCCCAGUCGUCAUCUCGUCGUCCUCGUCAUCAUCAUCAUCAUCAUCAAUGGCAGAUGUUGUAGUAACGGUAAAAUAGAUUUAAAAGCAAUUUACGCCAGCAACGACAACGUCUAUAUUAGCCAACAUCAUUGGAAAAAAUUGCUGGAACAACUUCCGUGCAGAGGAGGCAGAAGCGAGAGGUUAGCAAAACAUAAAUCUCACUCUCACUCCCUGCGUAUAAACGUUUCCAUUACCAUUGACUAAUAUGCUAGAUCUUAACAUUCCCACGGUGAAUACAAUCUCCGCCACCAUUUCACCCUAUGAUGCUGAAAUAUUUCAACAGAAUCGUCAUCACAUUGCCGAGACAGCAGCAGCUAAAAUGUUAGCAACAAUGUUCUUCGAUACUCCCCCGACCACACUGCCUCUACCACAGGCUGAGAGUGGAAUUAAUCUAACACAACAGCUGACGGACACUCUGCUGGACCCCAUGGCAACGGCAACGGCAACUGGUGGCACGACCUCAUCGGCCUCAUCCCAGUUAUAUCCCUUGGUAAAUGUUGCUAGCAAUUUCGUUUACGAUUGGUGCAAUCAAUCGUUGUAUCCACAGUCAUCCUCUGCAGCAGCUUAUUUCGCCUCCAGUGACGGUAAUUCAAAUAGUCCAAGUGGUUACAACUGUUCGCUGCUCUCGAGCACAAAUGGCUGGAAUACAUCGAGUAAUGAUACAUAUAUUGACAUUUCCUUCAUAUUGCCAUGGUGGCGCCAGGUCCUGUGGAGCAUCCUGUACGGUGUUAUGGUCAUUGUGGCGACUGGUGGCAACUUAAUCGUUGUAUGGAUUGUCAUAACAACAAAACGGAUGAGAACUGUAACCAAUUACUUUAUAGUGAAUUUAUCAAUAGCCGAUGCGAUGGUGUCGAGCCUUAAUGUCACGUUCAGUUAUAUUUACAUGCUGGACAAUAAUUGGGCUUUCGGACAGCUUUACUGUAAAAUAUCGCAAUUUAUUGCAACUCUCAGCAUAAGUGCAUCGGUAUUCACUCUGAUGGCGAUAUCAAUCGAUAGGUAUGUGGCCAUAAUGAAGCCUUUGAAACCACGUAUGAGCAAACGCAGUAAUUUGGGUAUUGCCGCCGUUAUCUGGAUAGCCUCGGCCAUAAUAUCGUGUCCCAUGCUCUUGUUCUACACCACCGAGGAUAUUUCCAGCAAGGAUGGCAUACGGACGGUUUGCUUUCCUGAAUGGCCGGAUGGUACAAUGAAUCAUUCCAACCAAGAGUAUAUCUACAACAUAUUAUUUAUGAUACUCACAUAUUUUCUACCCGUCAUAUCAAUGACCGCAACCUAUUCGCGUGUGGGACUGGAGCUGUGGGGUUCCAAGGCCAUUGGUGAAUAUACACCGCGUCAGGUGGAGAAUGUAAAAAGUAAACGUCGUGUGGUUAAAAUGAUGAUGGUUGUGGUUUUAAUAUUUGUCGUCUGUUGGCUCCCAUUUCAUGCAUAUUUCAUUGUGACUUCCUGCUAUCCGGCCAUAACUGAGACACCCUUCAUACAGGAGGUGUACCUGUUCAUAUAUUGGCUGGCAAUGAGUAAUUCCAUGUACAAUCCGAUUAUAUACUGUUGGAUGAAUUCGCGGUUUCGCUUUGGCUUCAAAAUGUUUUUCCGCUGGUGUCCAUUCGUUCAUGUUGGCGCUGAAAGUCUAAAUCGUCGUGAUAACCUGACAUCACGUUAUUCAUGCUCCGGUUCACCCGAUCACAAUCGCAUCAAACGUAAUGAUACUCAACGCUCGUUUCUCUACACCUGCCCUGGCUCACCAAAAAGUCGUCGCAUUUCCCACUGUGGUAUCCUUCGUAGUUCAACAAUUUUAACAACUCACCGUGACAGCAGCCGUCACUCAGCACCCAUAACAACUACAACAACAAUGGUCCCAAACACUUGUAAUAUAAGUGGCGGCAAUUAUUCACAGCAUCACCAACACCAUCUACAUCAUCAUUCGCAUCCACAUCAUCACGGUUCGUAUCACCAACGGAACAGUGUCAAGUUGGCCAACAGUGUCAACAAUUCCCAUGAAUUGGCAUCGUUGACCGGUAAUGGACCCCUGCACUUGUAUGCGGCCAACAACUCCAAGGAAAAGCUGCUAAAAUCAAAUCUACGGCCGAAUGGUAAAUGGACAAUGGCAACAACAACAAUAGCGGCCACAACGGGGACACCGGCAACGAAUGAGAAUGUGGUUGGGACAUGUCCGUCGGCGUUUAAUGGUGUAAGUGAUACAAAUUAUUUGGCCAAUCGAACGGCUUUAAUGUCUUGACA